GUGGGUGUGAAAGCACACAUGCUGUUUCAUCAUGAAGUCUAAAGAGAAUAGGGCAUCGGCUUUUGUUACCAGGAAGUGGGUCGCGUUAUUUAUAUUUCAACACUUGGAUGACCGGCGCGAGAGCGCGCGCUGGUAAUACGAAACUUAUUAUAUUGGUCUUUAUACGAUCAUGUGCCGGGAUUGAAACGCUUGGCCUGAAGUUGUUUUGCCACUAAGGUCGUAUGGACACCCUCGAUAAAUCAACGGAAAGGCAUUGACAGAAAUGCUUUAAGAUGGAUACAUAGUAUUUACGUGCCAGUACCUUUGUGGCUGUCUGACAGACUGACAGACUGCGUGAACCGGAUAGGACGCGGCUGCACGCCAGGUGGCGUUGUAAUGAAGAUCCAUGAGAAGAUUCUAACCCAUUACCUGUCCUGCACUUCACCUGUAGAUAAGGAGGGAUACCUCUACAAAAAGAGGGAGAGGAACACAACUUACCUGCGGCGCUGGUUUGUGUUGAAGGGGAAUCUGUUGUUUUAUCAGGAGCGUCCGGGCGAUCGUAACCUGUUGGGUGUGAUUGUUCUGGAGGGCUGCAUGGUGCAGGCAUGUGAGACGGACGGUCAGUUCUGUUUCUCUUUGGUGUUCACUGGACCAGGCCUCCGCACUUACAGACUAGCCGCUGAUGAUCAUAACAGCCAGGAGAGCUGGAUCGGUGCUCUGUUCUGCGCUAGUCACAUCUACCUUUCUAUGAUUGUCAGAGACCUGGAGAGACGCUACGAAGAAGCCAGAAGAGACAAAGUCCUUUGUGAUUCCAUCCAGACCUCUGCAGUGACAUCUACACCCAAUAAAAUAAUGGCUUCCUGGAAUACAGGACAACCGUAUUUCAUUCAUGGGACUUCCAUAGUGCCCAGAGACGGGCGAAGCUACAGCGCUAGUUCAGUACCACCUCCAUCUAUGCCGAACAGACCCAUCAGCUAUAGUCUUCAUGCCCCUCCUAUUCAAUUAAAAACCACUAGUAAGAGAUCUCCAAAGCUCUGGCCCAAGAGAAAUGCCCACGUCACCCCCUUAAAUGGUCCGGCACCAUCUUACGGGGAAUGGCCAGCUGUGGGCUUUGAUCCUUUGGAGGAAUUUAGUAAACUGCAUGAGUACUAUGGAAAUGAGGUUAAGCAACUAAGAGCUAACUGGCUGAAGAAGAAGCGUGAAGAAGUGGGAUAUGUUGAGGAGGACCUCAUUGAUCUUGGCUAGAGUGACAUCUGGUGGUUUGAGCACAUUCAUAUGCAUUUGUUUAUGCUGUCAGGAAAAUAGUAAAUCCUGUUCUAAAAUAACAGAUUAAUGAAUGUAUUGGGAUACAGAAGGAAAAUGUAUUACUAUACUAGUAGCAAUCCUGCUGUCUGUUUAAUUUUAUGGAGGUUUGUAGAUUAGCACUUACUUCUAAUCUUGAUAGCAUUUCUGGUAAAAGGUUUUUCAUUUCCUCUCUGUGGUCAGCCUAUAUGUCUCAGCCUAGUUCCUUCUUGCUUGAACUGUCAUAAAACAGACCCCAACCACAAGUCGUUCUACACCCAUCAUUUAUGUGCGGACAUAACUGCAAAAAUUCAAAACAUUCUGUCAAAAUGAGGUCAGAUGUCAUGUUUAGUGAAGUGACUGGCUGUUUGCUUAAUUUUAAGACUUUGUGUUAGUUGAAUGCACUUAUUACUAUUUAAUUUAUUGUUACAUCUUCUAUAGUAUGCACUGAGGGAGCCUAAAUGAAAGUAAUUGUAUAUGUUAAGAGGUCAGGAUUUGUACUUAAGCAAUAUUCAUCUUUUAUCUGACAGAAGGAUGUAACUUAACUAAUGUGAUUUUGUAAAGAAUAAGCAACUGUUAAGUUCUGCCUUACAAAACCUGUUUCACACAGUUCAGGAGGUUUCACAAACAAACUGAAAUAAACGGCGUGUCUACUCUUCCUCUUUCA